GGUGUCGUCCCCCCCGACAGGGCUUUGCCCCCGGCCCAUCGUCGAGUUUCCAGUCCCCCGCUGAUAUCGGGCGCGGAACGUUGAGGGAGCCUCUGCGUGCCCCGAGCUUCGCACUCGUAUACCCUGCACGCUAAGGCAACGGUGCCCUCGGAUUGUGCCGGGUUUAGUCAGCCCAGUGCACCGACCCGGAUCGUCGCCGUUUCGCGCGAGGAGGAAGAACCGCGAGAACCGGAAGGAGUUGGAGGAACCGGCUGGAGGGAGGCCGAAGAAGGAACUCUUCGGGGUCGUGAUCGGAGAGAAGCUUCUACCUGCUGGCUUACGGAAAAAUAGCCCAAGUCGCAACGAUGGGGGACAAGACUUUCAACCUUACCUGGAACAACCACCUGGCCAACCUCUCAGGCCUGUUUGAGGGGCUCUACAGAAGCGGAUCCCUCACAGACACGACACUGGCUUGCCAAGGCGGCAUGCUCAGGGCGCACAGACUGGUGCUGGCCGCCUGCAGUCCCUACUUCGAGAGGGUCUUCAAGGAGCACUACGGCGACCAGCCGAUCCUCAUUCUGAAAGGUGUCGCAGUCGAGGAGAUGGAAUGCCUCCUGGACUUCAUGUACAGGGGCUCGAUCGACGUCGCCGAGGAGCAUCUGGCGUCCCUUAUCAAGACCGCUACGGACCUCGAAAUCCGGGGACUUUCCGCGGACCACAAAAACGACGGCGCCUAUCAACCCCACACUGUCAAAGCUUCCUGCACGACGCAGAACAGGGUUGAGCGGUGUCAGAUAGAGGCGAGGGUCCAGGCCAUCGAACGGAGGAAAGGAAAAGCCGCGGGAACCGCGGGAGCCUCCUCCGAUGGGUAUCAGCAGAAGCAAAAAGACGAGGACGUUAAGCUCGAGGAAAUCGAGGACGAUCCGAUGGUCGUCGAGGCCGAGGAGAACUUCGAGUCGUCGAUGGAUACGCCUGACGAGCAAAUCAGACGAAUCCCACCGCCGAUGUACAAGCGCGAGACGAGGUACAAAGGCCAAAAACGAGUCCCCGUUGGUCGCGUGCCCAGGAACGCCGACGUUCUCGACAUAAAGAUAAAGGACUGCGUCUCGCUGAAGAAUUCACCCGGAGAAGACCUCUUCGAGGAGAGCAUGUCCCUGCCUGUCGUCAAAGAGGAACCCUCCUUCGGCAGUUGUCCCGACCCCACCGUACCCACUGUUCAGCUGAAUGAGGAGCCCUUCGAGCAGGAUCAAGAUCUCGAUAAUUUGGGAUCAACCAGCGGGGCUGGUUCAACGGAGACGACGUCAAAGUCUCACUCGACUUCUGCGAAGUCCGAGGUGACGGGGAGGAGGGUCAGCUCCAAAGAGCACAAGGCACAGUACAAGCCGUUUUCAUGCGACCUCUGCACCCUGGCAUUUACGAGGGCGUCUCACCUCGCGCGUCACAGGCGUGUCCACACCGGCGAACGUCCCUUCGCCUGCACCCUUUGCCCGAGGAUGUUCGCGAGGCAGGACAAACUGAAGCAGCACCUCGACUCUCACUUGCAAUGGCCAAAGCGACGAUCCCUCGGGCAUAAUCUGAGCGGGCACUCGGUCGGGGGGAACGACGGAAGCUGCCCGCCGACGAAAGGCAGACGCGGAAGACCGCGGAAGAUAUCUUCCGAGCAGUCCGCGAUGGAGGAGAUCCUCAAAUUCGGAGAGUUCAGUUCUUUGCUUAACAAAUCUCAGAACAGUGAGAGCAAUGCUGAAGGCGAGGGUGGUUUGACAUGCGUCAAGGACGAGGCGUCGCUUUACAAGGACGUUGAUUGCAGCUACGGUUGUCAAGUGGAAAACGGACACGAUGUUCAAUGAAACAGCGAUACUCCCUCCAUCUCAAGUCCUAAAACUCCGCCAUAAAGUCACUUAUACUUUUCAACCAUGCGAUUCGAAUAUUUUUCUAUGAUAUACAUAUUUCUAUAUUAUAAUGAAAAUCUGUGCCCCAUCCCCGUGAACUUUCGUUCAGGGAUAAUUGCACGGAAGUAAUAUAUGAUUCAGGGCGUCUAGCGCUCAGAGAAUUUCGGGAAACAAGGAACAUUCAAGGAAUUUGAGUUAUCUGGAAAACUGGGGGAAUUCUAUGUGAUUUAUGGAAUUUUCAAACUUUUACCUCCGUUCGAAAUUAUUCUUCAUUUCAGUUUUUAGCUCAGAGAAAAAUCUGAAAUCUUCUUUUGAAAAUCGGAAUCCUUAAAAUAUUCUGAAUUCUCCGGCUGCUAAGCACCUUGAAUCGAUCCAACGAUUACACCGCGAUAUACGUAUUGAACCUAAACAAGUGAAAACAAAGAAAAAAAAAACUGAUGAAACAAAGUUAGAAUAAUAUCGACCAACUAACAGUUUUUUAUACUUAAGACUGCACAUUAUAGGCUCAACUGAAAUACGAGCUAAAAGUAGUUUUUCAAUAUUUUUUCAUACACAAUAUUGUAACAUAUUAUAUACGUAAAGUACAAAUAUUAAUAUUCAUACCGACUUACAUACACACUUGGCAUCGUGUCCACGCGUUGUAAAAGCUACAAUUGAAAUUAAUCAUUUCACGGCAAGACCGUGAUCUGAUCUUGAUUUAUCGCAGUGUCCCUAUUUGUUCGUGGGUAGUUGAAUUUCGCGCCUGCAAACCCGUAGAAUUUUUUCUCUCCAAAUAUCGGUAAUGUUCCAUAAAUUUUAUUCUAUCCUUCAUUUCUCCUAAUUUUUAACUCUCCCGUAAUCUACGCCACCAAGCCAAUGCAGAGGAUUUGAAAAAUCGCUUAUAUUUGAAUGAUUUAUGGUUUAUCACUAUACAUUUACCUACGCACCGCACGAAAAUCGAGUUAUAAAUAUACUUGAUUAUAAAACUUGUAUUUAUUGUUGCUGUAUAAAGUUCGUUCUGUUUGUUCAUUAUUGUUGUUUAAUUUCAAUGUUAACGUGCUUGAUUAAUCUUUAUGAGCAUGAUAUACGCAUAUUAUAGGUACAACGUGUAUACCGUACAUACGUAUGUAUAUCACAUGACGUGCAAUCUUUUAGUGUUCAUUACUUUAAAAAAAAAUAUAUAUAUAUUAUUAUUAUUAUUAUUAUUAUUAUUGAUAAACAAUAUGCAUUUGUGUGCUUAGGGUAUACAACGUACGAUUAUUAACGCAUAAUUAUAUUCUGAAUCGUAAUUAUACGGAUCUGUGCAAUCUUAAUUUAUGUUUUACGAGAACUUCAAUAUGCAACGCGGUCGUCCUUGAGUCAAUCUUCUAUUCAUUAACAAAGAACCACAAACAUCUCGAGAAAUUGUGUGAACGAAUUACUAAUACUAGAAUGGCUAAUAUAUGUAUAUAACAAUGAUUAUUAUUGUAAUAAAAAGAAGUCUCGACUA